AUAUAUUCAAACAUUUUUCAGCUUCCUAAUGUUAUCACCUACAAUUUCCAAGAUGAACACGAUUUCUGUUAUCUGUUUCAAUUUUAACAUUAUUUUUCUGAUUGUUCUUCUACUUUUCGUAAGCUUAUCAUCUCAGCUAGGUUCGAAAGUAGAAGAGCUUCCUGGUUUUGAAGGGCCUCUUCCAUUUGAACUGGAAACGGGACAUAAAGCAAGAACAGGUAUAUAGGAUUGGGAGAAAGAGAUGAUGAUAUGCAAGUGUUUUACUACUUUAUCAAGUCAGAGAAUGACCCUGCAAAAGAUCCUCUUUUGCUUUGGCUAACUGGAGGUCCUGGUUGCUCUUCGUUUUCUGGUCUUGCUUUUCAAAUAGGUCCGUUUGCAUUCAAGACAGAGAAGUACGAUGGGAACGUGCCAAAUUUGGUGUUGAGGCCACAGUCCUGGACGAAGGUGUCUAGCAUUAUUUUUGUAGACUUGCCUUUAGGAACUGGCUUCUCGUAUGCAAAAAAUCUCACUGCUAAUAGAAAUGACUGGAAGUUAGUUCACCAUACUCAUCAAUUUCUUAGGAAGUGGCUGAUUGAUCACCCCGAAUUUCUUUCAAAUGACUUUUACAUGGGAGGUGAUUCAUAUUCUGGCAUAGCUGGCCCUGCCAUUGUUCAAGAAAUUUCAAAGGGAAAUGAAAUUGGUCUUCAACCACCAAUAAAUCUCCAGGGAUAUCUGCUAGGGAACCCAUUAACAACAAGAAAAGAAAAAAAUGAACAAAUCCCAUUUGCUCAUGGUAUGGGACUUAUUUCUGAUGAACUCUAUGAGUCACUGAAGAGAAAUUGUAAAGAAGAAUAUAUAAAUGUAGAUUUUAGAAACGAAUUGUGUUUAAGAGAUCUCAACUACUAUGAUGAGUGCCUCUCAGGAAUCGAUCCAUAUAACAUCUUGUAUCGCUAUUGCAAAGAUGAUUCUACUAAGAAACAUGAAGGUCCAUGGAUUAGAUCUCUGACUCAAAAGUUUGACUCCUCUCUUAAUUCUCCUCUCACAGAGUGGGACACAAGAUGCCAAACAUAUCAUUUUUUCCUUGCCACUCAAUGGGCCAAUGAUCAGAGUGUUCGGAAAUCGCUGCACAUUCGAGAGGGAACAAAGGGUAAAUGGGAACGUUGUUGGAAAAGUGAUUUUGAGGAAGAGAUCUCUAGUAGCUUCGUCUUUCAUGUAAAUCUCAGUGCGAAAGGAUAUCGUUCUUUAAUAUAUAGUGGGGAUCAUGAUGCAAGUAUUCCUUUCAUGUCGACUCAAGCAUGGAUCAGAGCUCUGAACUACUCCAUUGUAGAAGAUUGGAGGCCAUGGCUUCUAGAAAACCAAGUUGCAGGAUACACAAGAAGAUACUCUAAUCAAAUGACAUUUGCAACUGUAAAGGGUUCAGGACACACAGCUUCUCAGGACAAGCCUGAUGAAGGUUAUGCCAUGUUCAGCAGGUGGAUAGCUAGUAAGCCUUUGUAACUCAACCACAAUAGAUGUGUUCAAAUGUAAUAAAAUUAUCACAAAUAAAAUAUACUAUAAUAAUUUUUGGAUUUGUAUGUUACCGAUGGUUUGCNAAUUAAUUUGAUUUGUUUUCUAAA